AUGCUGCCCAGCGCCCUUUACUGGGACCUGGUGGGCUCCUCGGCUCUCCUCAACCUGCCGGCAGCGCCGGGCUUCGGCAACCUUGGCAAAAGUUUCCUCAUCGAGAACUUGCUGCGGGCCGGGGCUCCGAGCCCUGCCCAGCUCCGUCCCCUCCCCGCCAACCCCGUGCCCCUCAAGCUGUGCCCCGCGGCGGAACAAAUCAACCCCUCAGGGGGUCCAUUCCCGGCAAGAUGGGCUUUCCAAGUGCUUAACCCCUCGGCGGCGGACGGCGGCCGCCCGCCAGCGCGGGCCGCGGCGGCGGAGAGAGGCGGCAUCUUCCCGCCGGCAGCCACAGCUCUUUCCAAACACUUUUUUCUCCGAGCCCCGCCAUUCUACUCAGCAUGCUGCGGUGGGUCCUGUCAGCACCCUGCAUCCCCCACUGCUUUUCCAAGGGAGGAAAGUGUGCUGCCUCUUCUGACCCAAGAGUCUAACUCCAAAUCCCGGAGAGGCAUAUUAAGAAGAGCUGUCUUUUCUGAAGACCAGAGGAAAGCUUUGGAGAAAAUGUUCCAGAAGCAGAAGUAUAUUAGUAAAACAGACAGGAAGAAACUGGCCCUUAACCUGGGUCUAAAGGAGUCUCAGGUGAAAAUCUGGUUUCAGAAUCGAAGGAUGAAAUGGCGAAACUCCAAAGAAAAAGAAGUGCUUUCUAACAGGUGCCUCCAAGAAGAAGGUCUUCAGGAGAACUACCUCUCACGAUCCACCAUGAAUUUUACCUCCCCAUGCCCAUCUGUGUGGGAAAUGUCUGAAGAGCGGGCCAGUCUAAGGUGGAGGGAGAAUUCUCCAGGAAAUUCUGAAAGACUGACUGCUACACAACCACCUCCAAGAGCAAAUUCAUUGCAGAGCCCACUCUAUUUGUAUCCUGACCAAGACACUGCAAACAAGGCAUCAUCAAGUGUAAAGGAGUAGGGGCAGUUUGUAAAUGGAGUGGCAGAGUGCAGGCUUCAAAUGAGCGGUCUUUUAAGAUUAACAAUAUUUGAACAUUGUAAAGCUAACUAGUUUAUGCUUCAAAAAUAUGCUAAAGUCUAACACCAUUAAAAUUACAAACAACUAAUGACUAAAGAAGUAUUCUUCAAUAUUCAGUUUUUUCUUGUGUCCUUUCCAGUCUUGUACUGACCUUAAAAGUAAAAUAGGAACUGAUGGUAAGUAAAAUGAAGUGAAGAACAUGAAGCUGAAUUUGUGCUCUGAUUUAUACAUCUGCACUGUAUGUGAUGCUAGUUAAAAACACACUAACAGAGAAUCACUUUUAUCUCUCAUUGUAGUCAGACCAAUUAAUUUCUUCUGUGCAUGAGAUAAAAAUAGCUCGUAUCUCAAGACAGUAAGUGGUUUUGGGUUCUUUUAGAAAUUUAUUAAAUAACACAAUAGAUUCAUAUGGACAAAUACAA